CAUCACAAGCCAUGCCAUCCGACAUGAUUAUCCACAAAAAGAAACAUCAUUUCAGAGCAUGCGGAGAAUGCCUUUCAUUUCGUGGCCUAGUCAAAAAGGUUCCAAACUUUAAUUUGCCUAGCAUUUCGCACCUAAUAAUAACAUAACUACUGUAGCUGCCAACGUGAAACGACCCUACAAAAAAAAAGGACACAGCUAAUUCAAUAACAUGGAUUGUGAGGACAGUGCCAGCCUGUCUCUUCCCUACCAACCUGAUCCUGAACCUACGGUCACACUGGGUCCUGACUGUAACAGUGGAGCUCAGUGCACAUUGCCUCCUCUUGCACUGCUGCUGGAAGACUGCAUUAACCUGCUUGGGCCAAAUGCAGAGUCUAUGAAACUGGAGGAGGAUUGUGAGGACAGUCCCAGCCUGUCUCUUCCCCACCAACCUGAUCCCAAUUCGCCCCUCAAGAGGGUGACCGUACUGCUGAAGGACUGCAGGAAAUCACUGAGUCCUGGCUGUAACAGUGGAGCACAGAGGAUACUGCUGCCUCUCAAGAGUGUUCGAGUACAGCUGGAGGACUGCAGGAAGAAGCUGGGGCCAAAUGCACAAUCUAUACAAGUUGAGGUUGUUGAUAGCAGAGGUUCAACUCAUCCAGGUAAUUGAUCAAAUUUAGUAAACCUAUAAGCAUUUACUAAUAUUACUUUCCUCUAGUCGGCACAUAAGACGUGUCUUUCUGUGUUUCUAGACUGACUUGUUGACACUUAUGUUGGUUUGUUUUGUUGGAAAGUCAAUAAUUUAGACUUCCCCAUGAUCUCUGACCUCAGAUUUUAUGUGACCUAGAGGGUGACAUUUUCCUCACACAAAACAGCACUGAACUGUGGAAAACCACAUCACAAUCCUCUGCAGUCUGGUAAAGUUAGUAAUCCAUUUUUAAAAUUCAACCUCUAGUUGCAGUAUUAAAAUACUGCCUUAUGUACUGUCUUGACUCGUGUCAAAAUGCUUUUUAUGCAUGGGACAAAUGUCACCAUGGUCCAUUCUAAUUAUUUUAAAUGUUGUUCAAUGCUUCUCUUGUCUGGCUUGUUAUUACUGUGAUCUUGUUUGAAAUUAUUUAACUGAUAACUAGGUUUAGUUAAUGAUAGUGAAUGUGUUUUUUGAUAAACCGACAGACCUAUGUGUUUAAUUUAGAUGUAAAAUAAAAGAUUUCCACGAAA